GGAAGUGACACAAGAGUCCCUGACGUGGCCGGAACUCCGCCAUCUUGAGGAAGGAAACGCCUCGGAGGAGGAAACAAACUAAAGACUCGGCGUGCUCCCUGCGUCUGUGAAUCAUGGGCAACAUCUUCGCCAACCUGUUCAAGGCCUUCGGGAAGAAGGAGAUGAGGAUCCUGAUGGUGGGCCUGGACGCUGCCGGGAAGACCACCAUCCUGUACAAGCUGAAGCUGGGAGAGAUCGUUACCACCAUUCCGACCAUCGGCUUCAACGUUGAAACCGUAGAGUACAAGAACAUCAGCUUCACCGUGUGGGACGUCGGUGGCCAGGACAAGAUUCGACCGCUGUGGCGUCAUUAUUUCCAGAACACGCAGGGUCUGAUCUUCGUGGUGGACAGUAACGACAGAGAGCGAGUGAACGAAGCGCGGGAGGAACUGAUGAGGAUGCUGGCGGAGGACGAGCUGAGGGAAGCUGUGCUGCUGGUGUUCGCCAACAAACAGGAUCUGCCGAACGCCAUGAACGCCGCGGAGAUCACGGACAAGCUGGGGCUGCACUCCCUCCGCCACAGGAACUGGUACAUCCAGGCCACCUGCGCCACCUCCGGGGACGGCCUGUACGAGGGACUGGACUGGCUCUCCAACCAGCUCAAAAACCAGAAAUGAUCUCCGCCUUGCCAUCACACUCCUCCUCCAUCUCCUCCUCCUCCUCCUCCUCUUCUUCCUCUUCUGGGUUUAUCCCCCUCUUUCCUUUUAGGCCACAUCCUCCAACACAGGCUUUACUUCUCAUCUGGCGGAACCUCGUGUUACCCUGUUUUUCUGUUUAAGAGGAAAAGUGCUGGAAGCUGCUCUCCCGCUCAUACCUGGUUACAGUAAAGUCAGAGCCCCUCGCGCUCGUAUUUAAUGUAAAUAGUUAUGUUUUUGUUGUGAGGCAGCUUUUGGAGCACUCUUAUGCAAUAUAUAUAUUGUUAUUAUUAUUGUUGUUGUUAUAAUCAGCCUUUCCUUUUCUUCCUCUUCCGUGUUUUAUUUAAUCAUUCGAGUCAGAGGUAGGUGAAUCGUAGGGUUAUGGGCUUUUUUGGGGGGGGGGGGGUCACUUCCAAUAGCUUUCGUCUCUGGGUCGCUGUCUGCACAUCGCGAGUUAAACGUUAAACGUACUGUACAAAGAGGUUUCGUCGGUCUCAAGAUAAACUCAACAAGUCCAGACAGCGGGCGCACACACUACCUAGAACGUUUAGGGGUUCUGCUUAGAACCACUAACCAUUGCUACACACACUCACUCAGCAUGGCCUAGCUUCACUAGAAAGGUUCAGUCAGUAUCGGCGCCGCUGACGGCGCACAGCGUCCUCGGCGCCUGCUGGAUCGUUAGCAUGCGCGGCGGGACGGCGUUCCUGAUGGAGCCGUUCUUUCCGUGCUGUUACUGCAGUGAAGUUCCAUCCACAGGGAACUGAGCUGAGCCUCCCGGCGUGGAUGAAAGCGGUAGUUCCCAAAUUCGCCCGGUUUCCUCCCUUUCGACGGAGGUGGUGGAUCAGCUGCGAGGCUGCCGCGGGUGAUGAGCAGCGAAACGCUUGCACCCCACCAAUCAGCACGAUGCUAACCGCAUGCCUGAACUGUCGGAGCACGUGACGCUGUUCGGUAAUUCGCUCAAAUCCCUGUUCCACUUGCUUACGUGGGUUUUAGGACGCCGUUAUCUGUAAAUAUGGGCAUAGUUCAGGUUUCACGCGCGGAUCUGGUGCAGAUAUCGGAGCUGCAUGAACUUCCAGAGGAAUACGUUUAUUUUUCUAAGGUUAUAAACGCAAUAAAGCGCAGAUGUUGUAGCGCCUGAACGUUCUCCUGCAGUAAAUAGUGUUUCAGGAUUCCCAUUAAAAGGUUCUGAACCCGAGGCUUUAAGCUGAGCUUCGUCUGGGCUGAUCGGCUGCAUUCGUCUCAGUUCUGUCGCUUUAACGGCUUCUUCUUUUUGCUUUGGGUGGGUGGGGGGUCGGGGGGGUCGGUGGGUCAGUCUUAGUGUCUCAGGUUAAAUCAUGCUUUGCCUUCUUAACAAGAACAGGUCAGUGUAGAAGUGCUCACAGGUCCAGGGCUUCGGUUCAGUUCAGCAGGGGCUUCGUUUACAUUGAAGGCUGCACAACAUGGACAGAACAGCACGUGGAGGUUAUAAUGCGACAUAGACUGACAAGUUGACGUGAUGUGACCAGCCUGCGUUAUUUUGACCAAAAUAAUGUCCCUGAUUCAUCAGAACGGCCAGAGGAAGUCUUCUGGAAGUGACUGAUGAGGACUGUGCUUUUUACCUCAACGCUGCUAUGUAAACAUGUCAUGGCGGGUGUUAUAUGCUGUCGUGAGACGUUGGGGCAAGUAAUAUAACGGCUAAUUAGACCACAUUCAGCUUGACAUUCAACAUUACGCCACUGACAGUUAUUACACUGUUAUAACUGAACAAAACCGGUCAAUAACCGCACGUCACGUCCUCUAUAACGUGUUCACAGUGCUGUUCUGUCACUCUUAUGCAGCUCUAGUGAAGUGUUAGCCAUUCGCCUCCUCGCCGCAGCGUCGCCAGCGUCACGACCAACCGCCCAAACAUCGAGCAGCCCUAGCAGGCGUGUCCUCCUCCUGCCUCCUCCUGGAGCGUCUGCCUUUCUCCCAUUCUCUCGCCUCUAAAUCAGGUGCGUCAGAGCAGGACCAGGACCAGCUCUAAAGCCCCGUGUCUCUGCUCCAGAUUAAGCCUAAGCCUAAACUGUAUGGACCUGUUUAAUGACAUUGCUGUGCUUCGUGUUUUCUGAGUGCAUGUGUGAGUCAGAGCACCGCUAAGAGCAGCAGCAUGCCUGUAGAUCACGCCGGGAACGCUCCACUGUCCUUCAGCCUGGCCGCGGUCAGCCUUCACAGGAGUUUCAUUGGACGAGAUUAAUCCCUGAUCUAGAGCUUGGCUGAGGAUUUCACAGAGAAAGGCAGCCAGUCUGAAGUCUGUUGGACAGACAGACGAGUGCCGAUCGUCAGUUUCCUCAGCUGCGUCCCGCCUCGCCUCGCCUUAGCAGGAUGGGAUCUGAGAGCACGUCUGAUGAAUUGAGUGUAAGACGUUAAUGGGCGACUCGUCCUCUGCGCUGUAGCUGAGCUCUGUACUAUUCAGACGGCUGCAGGACUCGUUCUGCUGCCUUUACUGGACUAACGUAAGACGCAGCUCUGCGCUGCCCCCUGCUGGGGAGAAGAGCUCAGACGUCUCAUGGUCCUCAAACGCGAGAGUGUAUAACAAUACAGGGAAGCAAACUGGCUCGUUAAACUUCUAAAUUACUGGACUUUACGCUUUUGUGACUCAUCUCUCGUCUAAAGUCGUCUGCUUGUGUAUUUCAGGUGACCGUGAUUUGUUUUUUUGAGCGUUUUUCCUGUGAAAUUAUCAUUAUUAGGAUUUUUAUAGCAACGAUACGAAUGAGAAAGCCUAGUCACGUCGUAAGAGGAGGAGUCUGGGCUGCCCCCUGGUGGAGAACAGAAUUCAGACAUCUGUGGUUCUCAUGUAUAACAUCACAGGGAAGCAAACUGGCUUGUUAAAACUAAUUUACUGGACGAUUUUUUACCAGUGUAAAGUCUCCUGGUCGUGUUUUUGAGUCGACUAAACUCUUAACUAACUCCGUCUCUGUGAAAUGUUUUCUGUGUUUACUGAAACACAAAUAAUAAUAAUUUACGUUUACUGCAUUUGGCAGAUGCUCUUAUCCAGAGUGACUUGCAAUUAGAUCAAUUUACCCAGGUAGGCGAAGGUGGUGUUAGGAGUCUUGCCCAAGGACGCUUAUUGGUAUAGUGUAGGGUGCUUGCCCUGCUGGGGGAUUGAACCGCAGUAUACAAAGUACAAGCCAGAGGUGUUGCCCACCACACCGUCCCACCACAUGUAGGUAAUAAUCAAAAUAAAUAAUAAUAAUAAAAACAAACGGUUAGAAAGCUUGACCAAACCGUAAGACGCAGGCUCUGUGCUGCCCUCUAGUGGAGAGCAGUUCAGUUCUUUAAUAAGAGAACGUGUAGCAUUAAAGAGAAACUAAUUUACAUAUCAAAACCCUUCAUCUGCUGUUCGAUGGUGAAGCUUCCCUUAAACUUCUGCUCGUCUUUGAUCUCCAUCAUUCGCUUAGGAACGAUAAAAAGCCGCUGGAAACUGGAAACUCCUCCGAUAGCCGUGACUGUGCCGGUUCCGUAGGGAUCAGGUGGAGAACCCUGGAGCGUUCCCUUGGUGUGGAGAACCAGCCCCCCUGCAUGCGUCUGUUUGUCUCUGUGUAAGCAGUGCUGGCUGCUCUGAAGCGCAUGGUACAGCAAUAUUAGCGCGUAUGAGCUUCGUGUAUCUAUAUUUUUGAAUGCGGUGAUGUUUGAUCUCCUGGUGCCUUUGCGGUUCUGCGGAGGGGUUCUGGUGGGAGCUCCGUAGCGGACGGGCGUACUGUUCUGAGACUCGGCUGGUCUGCGAUGAAUAGAAGGUCCGUGCUCAUCGAGUUUGACUGUUGUAAAAUGUGAGCCCACGCCAGCGGGACGAGUCCGCUGGUCUCUACUGUCCUCGUCAGCCUGUUUCAUAGACACUGAGCGCUCGCGUACGUAUGAGUACGGUUCUCCUAGCAAGGUUCGUCUUCUAGUGUGACUUAUUAACAUGAAUGUUUUUUAAUGUAAACUGAUCUUGCCUUUCGUUUUGACAGAAAAGCACUGUAAUUAAAGAAAUCCGAGUAAAGCUGGA